AUGCGACCGAAGCUCGAUUGCGCGCGAAACAAAAAUUUAUUGCGGAUUAAGAAUUUAAUUUAUUUUAAGUAUUGUAAUAAUGGUACUAGACCGGCCACAAACCCGCGAAGAGAGACUAACGAGGAUUAUCGACGUGGAUUAGCUGCAAGAUCAUCAACGACGGGCGGAUGGCUGUCUCGAGAACGAGCUAAAACGACGAAGUUAUUGGAACUCGAAGUGAGUAAUCGACGCAUGCGUGAAGGCGGUAAACUGGCUGUCGAACGCGCCAAUGCUCCAGCCAAUAAAUCAUUCAAACGUCGAUAUUGGGAAAUUGGACUUGCGGCGCCAUCUCUGGAGUUCAAAGUUAACGACGGACCCAGCAAAGAGGGGAGAGACGAGGAAUGCAACAUUGCAUUAAGCAAUUACCUAUUGCGAUUCUGUGCCAAACAUAAACCACGGCAUUACGACGAUAAUUGGCUGUCACCAAUUAUUUAUUAA